CGCUUGGAAAAUAUUCAAAAUAUAUAGAUAGUAUGGGAUACAGUGAUGAUAUUCAAUAAUCAGAGGGUCAUGGAACAUACCCUUACUAGCGCGGCACCGUACGCUCAUCGGACACCCAUAGAUUAGUGCCUUUUAUUCUUGACACUGCCUUCAUGUGAGGUAUACUUACGAUACUUUAGAUGUCAGUUCGUCGUUCAUAUAAACCACCAAAAACCCCCGAGUCUCUCAAUCGCUCGAAUAGACCCGUCGAAACCGAUAUUUCCUCUUUUACUACUUUACUCCAGCCAUUUGGCUUUUCUUCUAAUAUAUUAAAUAGCGUUUACAAUUUGCUACUGUAAAAGUAGUUUCGUCAUUUCAUGCAACAAGGAUAAACCUUUAUACCAACCAAUCAAACCUCGGCGGAUUUUAAUGGCGCUAACAACCGAUAACAUUAUCAACAUUGUGGCUUUAGUAAUUAUGAGUGUUCCUGGGUUGUGGCUCAUACUCAAAUUCAUCCAGCGGCAAUGGGAUCGGAUUCGUCAUGUAGCUAGGGCAGAUACAUUAUUACCUAUAACUAGCCCCCAGCGCCAGUCAAUUCAUUUCCCAGAUGCGGAACAUCCCGCAUCUGCCAGCUCACCCACAAUCUACUCUUCUAUGGCUAGACGUUCGACGCCUACCCAGGCUAACGACAAUACAUUCGAAUUGAGGGACAUACCCCCCCAAUACGUGAGUUCACGAUCGUCAAAAUGUCCACUCAUGGCCAUAUGCUAAAAUUCCUGGAAAGCAGAUGAUGGGCGGACAUGAAGU